AGAAGGAGAUAAUUCAAGGGUAUUUGUCGCUUUACUUAUCUGUAUACCAUGGCAACAAACCACAGUGGGACUUCUAGAAAAGAGACUCAUUGCCCCCAGCGACGUCAACCUUUGGGCACGUACGGAUCAACUAAACGCACGCCAUCUCGAGCAAUGUUUGCGGCCUUCAUAUUGAGCUUCGUCAUCGCUUUCGCAGCCUGGUUCAUCAUACAGCGCAAGAGGCGCCUUUCUUUCUUUCGAGAUCUGGGGAUUCCAGGACCUCCACCAAGCUUCAUUUCUGGAAAUCUCUCAGAACUUAUUCACAAGGGGGCAGCAGCUGCAUUCAAAGAAUGGAUGGAAAAGUACGGAGACUUCGUGGGUUUCUACAAUGGUGCUUUUCCGGUUCUUAUCGUGAAAGACCCCGAGCUAAUCAAGAAGAUCCAGAUAAAGGAUUUUGGCAACUUUCACAGUCGAGGAGUGUUGUCAGGUUUCGCACGAAUACAUCCCAUCAACAAGCUGAAUCUGGUCAACACGCCGGCUGACCGUUGGAAAGAGAUGCGCAGUCUACUCACUCCUGCCUUCACAACGAGCAACAUGAAGAAGAUGGCAAACCUAAUGGACGCUUGCACGAACGAGUUCCUCGACGUCCUGAAAUUUCUUCACACAGAGAACAAAGUCUUCGAGGCUCGCGAGCUGUUUCAGAGGCUGACUGCUGACGUUAUCAUUCGAUCGGCGUUUGGCCUCAAGUCAGAUCUGCAACUGAAGAAAGGAAGCAAGAGUACCACUGAGUCACUCUUUCAGGAUAGUUUGCGGAGCUUCCAGCAAUUUCGAUGCGCGUGGAUGAGCUACCUCACUUCCUCCUUUCCAGAGUUCGCGCCUCUGUGGAAAGUCAUACUUUCCUUCAAGGCGCGGUACAGCAAGACUGCCACCGACAACAUCCUGGACGACAUUACUCCAAUUCUGCAGUUUCGCCGUAAAAACACUGAGGUGACUAGGAACGAUAUUUUACAACUGAUGCUUAACGCCGAAGUUGAAGAAGGAGCACCCGUCAGCGUACACUCGCUGGCAAUAGACUACGACGCGGACUCAACGUCCGAAAAGAACGAGCCAACUAAGGUUGGCAAGAACAAGAAGAAACGCUUCCUCACCAACGAGGAAAUCUUGUCCAAUGGUCUGGUUUUCUUCAUAGCAGGAUUUGAGACAACGGGUACAGCAAUGUCCUUCAUGGCCUACCUGCUUGCGAAGCACCCGGAUAUUCAAGACCGACUCCGCGAGGAAAUCCUGGCUGUCCUGGAAAGAGAUGGAGCGUUCACGUACGAUAACGUUUUUGGUAUCAAGUACUUGGAUCAAGUCAUAUCGGAAUCUCUGCGCUACUAUUCGCCUGUUGUGGGGUUCACGACGAGAAGAUGUUCCCGCGAUUACACGCACAAUGGUACCACUAUACCUGCUGGAACCAGUGUUCUUAUUCCAGGCUACCACAUGAGCCAUGACCCAACGUUCUGGGAAGAACCGGAAAAGUUUGAUCCUGACCGGUUCAGCAACGGCAAAAAGGGACAAGUCGACCCAAUGGUAUACCAGCCAUUCGGACAGGGACCCCGUAACUGUAUUGGUAUGCGCUUCGCUCAAUUGGAGAUGAAAUUGACCAUGGCAAAAACUCUGGCCAAAUACAAGUUUGUGCUGGACGAUCGUCAUGUCAACGAAAAAAGCUUGGAGAUUGGAUCUUCUUUCAUCUUUGCCUACCCUCAGGGUGGAAUUUGGCUCAAGAUUGAAGAAUGCCUGUAACUACGCGUUCAAUACACGUAUUAUUGUCAUCCAUUUCAGAAGGUCUGGGAAACACGCAUGAACAAAAUAAAAAUGAUCCCAAAAGUCAUCGCGAAGGAGAGGAGAAACAUCUGGCG